UUCAUGUGCUCCGGAGGCGGAGCGUCUGCGGACUGCAGACUGCGGACUGCGGGUCGGCGACACAAAACACAACAGCUCGCUCUGCUCCGAAGUUCUUUUGUGGUAACCGUUCGUUCACAUUAUGACGCUGCUGCCAGUUCUUGCUCUGCUCUUUCUACCAGAAGCAUGGGGUCAGAGGAGCAGCAACAGCAGACUCGGUGCGGUGGUUGAAGCCAAGAACAUCACUCUCCCCGUUGGGAGUAACGCCGUCCUGUCUUGCCAAAGCCCUCGCAUGGUGUGGACCCAGGACAGGCUGAAGGACCGUCAGAGGGUGGUGCACUGGGACGUGACACGCAACAUUCCCAAAUACUCAGUGGAGCGAGUCCUGGAUAUGUCCCCCGGAGCCCGCCUGAGGGUGUACAACAACUUCAACAAGGGUCGCGUUUCCAUUCCAACCUCUGCGUUCAAAGAUGGCAACUUCUCCCUUGUCAUCAACAAUGUGGUCCAAAGUGACCGAGGAGUGUACACGUGUAAUCUGCACCAUCACUACUGCCAGAAUCAAGAGUCUGUUCAGAUUCAGCUCAACGUGACCAAGUCAGCAAACAAGGAGAAGCGUUACUGGGAUGGAGAGAAGACCAUCUUCGUGGUGUUGUCGGGCAGCUCGGUGGUGUUGCCAUGCGUCAACCGGCACCCCCUGUGGAGAGAUGGCCUCCAGGAGGACCAGCAGCAGGUGGCUCACUGGGACUUCCAGCCCCCGGGGGUGCGCCCAGAUAGAGCCGAGCGCCUGGUGGACCUCUACGCUUCGGGAGAGCGUCGGGAUUACGGGCCGCUCUUUGCCGACAACAAGAUGAGCGUGGCCGAGGACGCGUUUACGCUCGGGGACUUUUCGCUGUCCAUUUCUGACUUAAAGCCGGCUGAUAAAGGCCUGUACUCCUGCCACCUGCAUCACCACUACUGCGGCCUGCACGAGAGACGUGUCUUUCGACUCACCGUGGGACCGUCGCUACCGUCAACGCCCACCACAGCAUCGACGGUCCUCCGCAAUGAGGGGCCUGAACCAAGGAUCGAAGAGGUGGAGAGUCCUCACGUGGUGAACGUCAUCCUCCCGGAGUAUCGAAACUAUUUCGUGCAGCACUUGGGCUACUUCUUGGCAACCUUCCUGCUUCUGGCCGUCAUCGUUGUCGCAAUCAUCGUGCUGACCCGGCGGCGUAAGAAGAGAGGGCUGGCAUAUGACCUGCACAGAUAUGACGAGAGAAAUGUCACGAAUGGAGGCGAAAGCUCAUUGGACUGCACAGAGCUGAAGACCCGCAACCAAGAACCACUGAAUUCAGAUUACAAAAACAACCUCCUGAAAGAGAGAGACUUGAGCAAAGACUGCAACAAGGACUUCGAUGGGAAGCUGUGGAAGUGAGGCGCUUUGGAGACGCUGCUGGCAGGACCAGGGCAAACGCCAACAAAGCAGAGGUGCUGGAAGUCAACACAGCACAAAGCUUUUUUUGACCUUCAAAUAAAAGUCACCUUCAUUUGA